AUGCUGACAUUGGCUGUUCUUGAUUUGUCUAACAACUCUCUCAGAGGUGGGAUACCUGAUGAUUUCGGGACUUCUCCGGCUCUAGAAAUGCUCAAUGUCUCAUAUAACAAACUAGAAGGUCCGGUUCCUGCAAAUGGAGUGCUGAGAACAAUCAAUCCCGAUGACCUCGUCGGCAAUCCUGGCCUUUGUGGCGGUGUUCUCCCCCCAUGUAACCGAUAUUCACCGACUUCAUUGAGGCAGAGACGCUUGCGAGCAAAGCAUAUAGUUACAGGGUGGUUGAUUGGGAUCUCAUCAGUUUUAGCCACCGGAAUCUUACUUAUCGGAGGCCAAUUGCUAUAUAAAAAGUGGUAUUCUAGUGGCGGCUGCUUCGAACGAAAAGCAGGCAAUGGAGAAUGGCCAUGGCGAUUAAUGGCUUUUCAAAGACUUGGUUUCACAGCUGCAGACAUCCUAGCCUGUAUCAAAGAAUCGAAUGUGGUGGGAAUGGGAGCCACUGGUGUUGUAUACAAAGCUGAGAUGCCAGAGUCAAAUACAGUAGUGGCAGUUAAAAAGUUAUGGAGAUCAGGAACCGAUCUCGAAACAGGGAACAGCGGGGAUUUCAUCGGAGAAGUGAAUGUCUUGGGGAAGCUAAGGCAUCGAAAUAUAGUUCAGUUAUUAGGAUUUCUUCACAACGACACUAGCAUGAUGAUAGUAUACGAGUUUAUGCAAAAUGGUAGCUUAGGGGAAGCCUUGCAUGGCAAGCAAGCCGGUAGGUUGCUGGUAGAUUGGGUAUCACGGUAUAAAAUAGCCCUCGGAGUUGCACAAGGGCUCGCUUAUCUCCACCAUGAUUGUCAUCCAUCGGUUAUCCAUCGAGACAUCAAGUCGAACAACAUACUGCUUGAUGCAAACCUCGAGGCAAGAAUUGCCGAUUUCGGUUUGGCAAAGAAGAUGGUGAGAAAGAAUGAAACAGUCUCAGUAGUGGCAGGGUCUUAUGGGUACAUAGCUCCUGAGUAUGGUUACACCUUGAAAGUCGAUGAGAAGAUCGACAUUUACAGCUUCGGGGUGGUUUUACUCGAACUUCUAACCGGAAAGCGGCCGUUAGAUCCCGAGUUCGGAGAUUCCAUAGACCUAGUGGAAUGGAUUAGGAGGAAAGUUAGAGAUAACAGAGGCAUAGAUGGGGCAUUAGAUCCCAAUUUUGGAAACUGUAAGCAUAUUGCAGAAGAGACUCUGUUAGUAGUUAGAAUAGCACUAUUUUGCACAGCCAAGCUCCCUAAAGACAGACCAUCGAUGAGGGAUGUGAUUACAAUGCUUGGUGAGGCAAAACCCAGAAGGAAAAGCAACAGCAACAAUGGUGGAAACACAUCUAACAAUGAGAACAGCACAUCACCUGUAAAUGGCCAUGUUUAG